AUGGGUUCUACAACAAGAGACCAGUCCAUCAUUCUUUACUUUGGUGACCAGACUGAGAAGAACAUUCCGUUCGAGGAACUCUUCGAAUACUCUAGAGAAUCUGAUAGGACAAAGCAGUUUCUGCAGAAUGCUUUUCAUUCUAUUCAGCUCGUGAUUGAAACUCUAACUGAGCCGGAAAGGUCCAAAUACAAGUUUGACUCUUUUGAGGAGGCUUCGAAGCGGCUAGCGGUGGACUCUUCACCAGACGUAGUCUUACGGACUAUAGUCUUAUGUGCAGCUCAGCUAGGUUACCUGAUAGCUAUAUUAGAGAAAGAUCCAGAAUUACGUGAAGUAUGGGCUGCACAAAAGACCUUAAUUGUUGCUUCAUGUGCUGGUCAAUUACCAGCUGCCAUAGCGGCCUGCUCCCACACAAUCGAUGAGCUAGUCGAUCUGGCCCCGGAGACUGUGGCGAUUGCGUUUAGAAUUGGCAUGGAUGUAGACCGACGAACGGCUUCACUUGGCGAUGACCGUAGCCAAAGCUGGGCUAAAGCGGUUUUCGGUGUUUCGGCACCCGAUGCCCAGAAGAUGGUUGACAAGUUUCUCAUACGUGAAGGCAUUGAUGCAAAGAAAGGAGUCUAUGUUGCUGCAACUUCUGCGUGGGCGAGUACUGUUGUGGGGCCGCCCCCGGUGCUGAAUUUAUUCUUUUCUCGAGAUCCAUUCAAUGGUGCACGGCAAGUAGAUCUUCCGAUCACGGCAAUAUUUCAUGCGUCCCAUCUCGACAGACCAGAUACUACCGCCAUUAUCGGAACAAACCCUGUCUUUCAAGGGUUUUCGUUGAGGAAUCCAAAUUUCUUUUCUUGCUCUUCCGGUCUGCCAUUUCAUCCUCAGAGUUUGUCGGCUCUCAUAGAAGAAGCAAUUCUGAACAUAACGCACCGGAUGACUGAUAACGAGAAAAUGUUCCGCGAGGUACAGUCUGGGAUUGAGGAUCAACUAGUUUGUAUCAAACCUAUUGUUGGUGAGAGCGGCGGGGAACGCCUUAAAAAGGUACUUGUGGCAUCGGAUGCUUAUGUUGAGAGCGCCUCUCUCCUUGCCUAG